UCACAACCUAAGGUUUAAGAAGUUGCGCCUUCUUCAGAUCUUAGAUGGUAUUAACAUUUUCAUUCUCACCUGCAUCGGUUGUGGAACCUGACUGCUUACGAAAUGUAGUUAAGUUGGCAAGAGAAAACAAUUUACUUCUUUCGGAAGAAACUUGCUGGUGCUUGCUGGACUCAUGUCUGUCGAAAAUUCCGUUGAAGAAAACUUACCAACUUCUAGAUGAAUUAUACAGUACUGAAGAGCUAAGGUUUCCAGAAGGUAGCGAGUUUGCAGUUGAGUCCAUACGUGCCAGAUCUGUUAACAAAGGUGUUGUUUUCUAUUAUGUAAAAUGGGUUGGGUGGCCACCUGUGUUCAAUACAUGGGAACCAGAAUCUAAUCUUCAUGGAUGUGAGGAUUUAAUACAAAAAUUUAUUGAAUCUUAUGGUUCGACGAUUGGAAUGCUUCCGCCUGAUAAUCAACCUGAUAGAAAAUCACAGGUUCAGGAAGUAAUGGAUCGAUUGAAGGAAGCUGUCAAUACAUCUGGGUCGCUACCAUUAUAUCUACUUGAACGAUUUUCUAGUCUCCAACCUGAUCCUACUAAUAGCCUUCGACCAUACAAACACUUACCCACCAUAAACAUCGAAAAGCUUUUUUCAUCACAAAUAUCACAAGGCAUUAUAGAAUCUAUUUCACUCAAGCGACCUCCCAGUGUCGCUGAUCUCUUGCCAGUUUCUACCAAACGUAUUCGUCUUAGUCGGAAAGAUAAACAAGUGUUAGAUUCUGCUCUAAGUGCUUUUCAACAAAAACUCAACACUGUAUACUCAAAUGAAGCACCAAUCACUGUCGAAAAUUCUGUAGAUUCUGAAUGCCCACCAGUUGAAUUCCAGCCGAUUCCAGAUUAUUUACCUGGACAAGAUGUAUUCUUACCAACCAAAGCUCCUAUUGGAUGUGAAUGUACGAUGGACAAUUUGGAUCAGUCAGAGCUAGCCAAAAUUCGUAAAGCAGAUGGAAGCAGUUCACCAGUUAUAUAUCCUUGUUGGAUCAAUAAACGACGUAGUUGUUGUGCUGUUCGUGCUGGUGCAGUUCCACCCUAUGACAAACGGAAAAGGCUCGUUGCCCCUCCUGGUCAUCCUGUUUAUGAAUGUAACUCCUUAUGUCCAUGCGAUUCGUCUUGUCCAUUUCGUGUUGUUCAACUUGGACGGAAAGUUCCUUUGUGUGUCUUCCGUACACGUGACCGAGGAUGGGGCGUUAAAACGGUGGUCCCCAUUAGUAAAGGGACAUUUGUCGUUGAAUACUUAGGAGAGAUUCUUAAUUUUGAUGAAGCAGAAAAACGAGGAAUAAUAUACGACAAACAGACUAUGACAUAUCUUUUCGAUUUGGAUUUCGAAGGUGAUGCUUAUUACACUGUAGAUGCUUCUCAGAUGGGAAAUAUAUCACAUUUUAUUAAUCAUUCGUGUGAUCCCAAUCUCACAGUUCGUUGUGUUUUUAUUGAGUGUCUCAAUACGAAGUUACCCCGUAUUGCGCUUUACGCGUCUAGAUUUAUAAGGAAAGGUGAAGAACUUACAUUCGACUACAAUAUGACUGGUGCUGUGGCUGCGGACACUAGUGUAGUUAUAGAUGGUGCCGGAGAGGCAGAAACUCCUUCAGAAACCCAGUCAGGGUCAUCGAAUAAUGGUGGGAAGAGUCCGACCCCAUCUUCUUCCUCAGUUGACGUAACUCCUGACACAAGCAGUGAGGUGUCUUUCGAUAGCAAAUCUCUGGGAUCUAAAGGUCCUCGUAUGAAAUGCUUAUGUCGAAGUAAAAACUGUCGUGGAUAUUUAGUCAACUAGAAAUUUUUACUGAUUGUUUAUGGAGUACGGUAAAGCUGAAAUACAGUCUGCUUAUAAUCAUAUACAAUGUCAGUUUUAUCCACUCAGGCUUCGUGUAUUUUUAAUGAACCAUUAGGAAUAUUUGUAUUCAGGAUUAUAUUUGAUUCUUAUUUUAUAUCUAUUGUAAAUUAUACUGCUCUAUAUAGCAAAUAUAUAUAAGUAUAUGUAAAGAUAAUUGGUAUAGUUUGCAGAUUAAAUGUAUACUUUGUGUCUUUUUGUUCAUCAGCAUUUUACAGUUUUUUAUAGUGACAAUAGAUUUAAGGCGCUGAAAAUGUACGUCUAUUCUUUUAAAUGCUUCUAUACAUUUCAGUUGUUUUCAUUUACUUUUAUCCUGAGAAGGUAACAUUUUGUUGUUAAUAUAUUUACGAUAUAUCUGUAUUCAAUGUUAAUUUUUCAUAUUACCUGAGAUGAUUUAACGAAAGACCAAUGUAUAUAAGGAUGUACAGGUAUUACAUCCUGUUUCUUAUCAUAAGCAGUAUAACCAUACAACUACAUUCAAUUGUUUUAACAUAUACCAAACAUUGUUAAUCAAUCACUAAAAAAACCACUUGUGAGUUAUAUACCUGCACAUUCGCCAUUCACUUGGUUCAUGUGGAGUAUUUCGAGUUAAAUGAAGUCACAUACCCGUUUUAGUGCUUUUCGGUUGGACCUUGUAUACUCAAGAUGCUUUGUUCAACUACAGGGGUCGAUGUUGUGUUAUCCACUUCACAGUUGUGAUGUUAUUUCCGAAAUUUCCAUAAAACUACCAACCAUCCCCUUUGAUCCUAAGAAAAUGCUGAGUGGAGUAAGUUAUUUAGGUAAUUUCGACUGUACAACCGUCAGAAAGUGGUAUAUUUUCAUAUGUAUUGAGCGGUAUUUUAUGGAGUUUAAUGUGUUACAAAGGUGCUCUUUCGGUCUGCAUAAUAAUUUGAAAUUCUUCUGAUUAACAAACAUUCACUGUAUUAAUGAGAUAGCCUUGUAAUUGAAAUGGCCAUUUCGGAUAAUUGUUUUAGCCUAAAAUAACAUUUAUUUUCAUGGCAGACAAUAAAGUUAUGUCACAUUUGAUUGGAUAGUUUUCGACCAAUCACAAUGGGAUGUCUGCGCUGAAUUAGAUUUCAGCAUUAUUUUCACUUUUAAUAUGGCAGUUAGGUAAGACUUUUGACCUCUUAGUGAUUCUAUAAAUUUAUGUUAACUCUAUAAUUAAGGAUGAACAAAUAAUCCCAAAAUUUAUUUAUGGGGGAACUUUUUAUUUAAUAUGCUUUCAUGAUGGUCAUCGCGAUUUUUGUGCUCUAGUGUCGUCAGCGUGAAUAGCAGAUAGUGGUGCUAAUGAGAUAUAAAUCCCACUUAAAUUUGCAUAUAUUCUGUCGACCUAAACGUUUCGAACGGUAUUUUUAGGGUCAAGAUACAAAUGUUUCAUAUGGGUUUAUCUCAUACGGUCUAUUCGACAGACAGACCGAGAGAAAUGUAUGUGGACUGAAGUGACAGAUUUAGCUUAGUUAAUGAAUGACUUGGCAUACAUAUAAUAAGUUUCAGAAAACAAAUGCGAAUAUAAAUGAUUGACACACAUGAGGCCAGCACAUCCACAAAUCACAUAUGAAUAUGCCAAACAAAGCUACAUAUGACAGAGUACACGAGAUGGUCAAAAGAUAUUUGACCAGAUAGGAAUAAUAUGUUUAAUAAGCAGACAAUAGUGGAUUACGCAUUGGUUGCCAUAAUACUUUAUUAAAAGUAUGGACAGACGAGGUGUCGCUACAAAAUUAGAGGAUCGUGGAUUUAUCUACCCUGAUGAGCAAAUUUCCCCAGGUCUAAGAAGGUACUUAGGCAUGUUACACCUCGUGAAGGAGCAUAGGCCGCCCACUAGUAUUCUCCAUCCAAUUCUGUCCUUGAGAAACCUUUCAAAUUGCUAUUCAACCUUUUCAUGCAUACUUCUAAUUCACGACUCUGUGUUUUUUGUUCUUCUUUUCUAUUUCUCUUCAUAGUUCCAAGUUAGAGCUUGCUACAAAAUGCAGUUUGAUAAUUUCCAAAAUGUAUGUACUAUCCACCUCCAAUAUUUUCUUAUUUCCUCUUCAGAUGGAAGUUUGUUUGUUCACCCCCACAGUAGACUGUUGUUUAUGGUAUCCGGUCAACGGAUAUUGACUAUCCUGUGUAGUCAACUGUUUAUAAAUUCUUGAGCUAAUUUGUUGAUGUUUAUGGUAGUUCUGAAAGUUUCAGCUGCGUACAUUAGGAUUGUCUCGACGUUCGUAUUGAAGAUUGUGACUUUGACAUUGGUUGAUAGUUAUUUUGAGUUACAUGUGUUCUUCAACUGUAGGAAUGCUGUCCCUUAUUUGCCAAUCCUUGCCUAUACAUCUGCAUC